GUUAGCGGACAUAACUAAUGAAUGAAAAUGUUAUUGGAACCUCUUCUUCUCUAGAGGCUAUGGACUUGUCUAAUGAAGAUGAAUAUACCUCUAUAAAUGAACAAAAGCAAUCACCAUCAUUGGAAAAGGAUGAAUUUUCAACUCAAUCUGCACAAUUUCCAUUACCAUCACAAAAUACUAUUCCCACUUAUUCAAAAGAGUCACCUAUAAAGAUUAGAAAGAAGCCAGGAAGAAAACCUAAUCCUGCUUCACCUGCACUUCGAAAAGCACAAAAUAGAGCAGCUCAAAGAGCAUUCAGAGAACGUAAAGAGCGACACAUGAAGGAUCUGGAAACGAGCAUUCAAGACAUUAAAGCACAACGGGAUAAAUUAUUGCAAGAGAAUCAAAAAAUAUCAAGUGAAAAUGAAAUUCUGAGAGCUGAAAACUGGUAUUUAAAAGGCAUCGUAUUAUCAUUACAACUUGUCUGUUUACAGCAUAAUCUUGUAAUUCCUCAACAUUGCCCUCAUGUCAACCAACAAACACUUUCUGUUAUAGCUCAAUCGAUUCCUGAAUCGAUCGCUUCAUAUUUAAAUGUAAGCUCUAAGAAUCAGCUGAAAAUAUCACAAAAUAUGCAGAAUGAUAGUCAUGACUGUUUUCAACAACAACAGCAGCAGUCUCAGCGGCAACAGUCUCAACGCUUUCCAAAUCAACGAUUGGCUACAGGCUCAAUUAUCAUUACACAGGAUGGAGUGCAUACUGUAAAUGAUCAUUUAUCAAAAGCACCACAAACUUCACGAACUAAUAAUAGCUGGUCUAAUCAAACUCAAUCCAUAUCACCAUUAACAACAUCUUCUUUUGAACAACAACAAAGCACUAUUUAUAACUCAUCAAUAGCUAACUCAAGCAAUACACAAGGGAAUAUACAAGAUGAAUUCAAUAAUAUGCCUUCUCUAUCACCUAUCAGUUUAGCUGAGUCAGAUGAUAGUAGAUCUUGUUCACCCCAGAAUACAUUUAGUCCUGAAAUCCUUCAAGAAGUGCAUCCACCUCACCCUACUGCUACUAUGCUUCCAAAUGAGCCUAUCACUUCCAACUUAGCAGCAAUUCAGACGUUACGUCUUCGUCUAAGAUUACAAUCCGCUUGUGUUCGUAUGAAAUCUGUAUCUUUUGCCAUUCAGCCUACCUUAUUACAGCUUACAAUUCCACAUGAUCCUAGAAUUGAUUUAAUCCCAACUCCUCAUAUGCGUGAUAGAAUGAUUUUAUAUAGAGAUUUAUUUGAUUUGGAUGAUUGUUUCCGUUGCUUAUUAUCAGGUUCAGUAUUCCAUGGAGGAGAUCCUGCUGUGGCAGGCAAUUGGCAAUUACCUGCUGAAUUCUUUGAGAAAUAUUGGUUCCUUACUAUUGAUUAUAAUUUAAGAAGAUAUACAAAUGAAUGGAGAAAGAAACAAGGCUUAAAAGAAAUACCUGAUUUAAAUAAGGAUGAAAAUUUAAUGUCAUCUGCAGCAACAACGCCAUCACCACCGCCACCACCACCACCGCUACUACCACAACAACAACUCACUUCAUUCAAUGAGCCAUUUAAUCUACAAUAUUCUCCACCACAGCCGCCGAUGUAUAUGAAUCCAACAACAACAUCAACAACAACAACAACAACAACAACAACAACAACAACAGCAGCAGCAGCAGCAGCAGCAGCGGCAACUACUACUAACACAGUGCCAGUAAUGGCAUUAAAUUAUGAAAAUAAAAUCAACCAAUUCACUGCAUAUGACGAUGAAUUAUCAAAUUAUUUUGGUUUACAAUUAAAUAUGAAUACUUCUUCACAAUCAAACCAAGAACAAAUGUCUCAUAUUACACCGGUUCAAUUAACAAAUAGUUAUGGAGUUUUUAAUAGAUCAACAGGAUUAAAUAAUAACGCUGUCUUUUCUCAGAACAAUUCAACUAAUCUAUUUUAACAUUGCUUUUCCUCUUCUUUCUACCCCCACCCCCAUCCCUCUUAUUACUUCAUUCUUAUUACAUUGUUUUGUAUGUAUUACUUAUUUGAUAAAGGCAUUUUGUUUUAUAACUUUAAAUUUUAG